AUGAUUACCCCACUGUUAAAAUACAGAGACACACACAGAUACAACGAACACAAAAACAAAGAAAAGAUUUACAAGGGCAACACUCAAAUUGAUUCAGCAAAUAAUAAAUGUAAUCUGGACGUGGUCGAAGAUUAUGGAGAUGGCAAUAGUUUUAGUUCAAUUCCCAAUUCGUCUUCUUCAUUAGCUGCUACUAAAACUAAAUCCAAGAUGGAACAUGAUCAAUCACAGAACAGUUCACGGCCAAUUUCCUUUUUUGAUCGAAGUCAAUCUGAUUAUGGCUGUUGUGAUUUAAGGAACGAGUUUAAUAUCCCUUAUUCAGUGUUGAAGUACAAUUUGGCUCCAGACAGUUGUAGUCGAAAUAUAAUUGAUACUGAUAAUGAUUUACAAUUUUUAUUUACACCAGAAAUGAAUUUAGAUGAAGUUCCACAUCAGGGUCAAGAUAAUCAUACAAAAGGAGCUAUCACCAUGCAAAACCAAGAUAAUCCCAAUAAGAAUAUUUAUCAGGAUGAACAUAUUGGGGCAUUUUCAGGCUAUUUUGCAAUUCCUAAACUCACAAUUAAUAUUCCAAAUCGCGUUCAAGAUGAUGAAGAUAGGUUGAAAUAUAUUUCUAAUGUUCCCACAAUUUGUUAUCAAAAUCAUUUUGAAAUUGAGGAUUCAACAUUUAUUUUUGGCGGCCUUUGUGCAUCCGAAACAAACAGUUUUGAGCAUUUAGGGUUACCAUCAAAUACUGAUUUGGAAAAAGUUCAAAUCUAUUUCCCAUUUGAAUUGCCGCCAUUUGUUAAUACAAGACUAUUAACUAAUCCAUUCAUGGAACCCAACCCUUAUUUUCUCCAGUAUAAUGCCACCAGAGGUUCGGUGACAUAUUUAGAUACUGCAUUGAUGCAAGAAUUCCCAAAGAAUAUUAUUGGAAUGGUAUCUACGAGAAUAUCAUCAAGGCAUUUCUUUUUCUACGGUGGAUUCCAAAUUGAGAAUAAAUCUUUGCAUCCAGACAAGAAUCGAGAUUGUUGGAUUGUGGAAAAGACUGUUAUUUUAAAUGAAGAUGGUUAUAUUAUUGACACAACAACAUUGAAGUUUUCAAAAGUCAAAUUGGCUCGAAAUAACAAAUCAAUAAAGGCAGGAAGAAUAGGUAUGGGAAUAUGUUCUAAUAUCCAUGAGCCUGUUGAUUCAGUGCAUGAUGGCAGCUUUACUAAUGGGAACCAUCUGUCAGCGGCUGCAUUUGAUGUUGAAUCUAAAGGGUCCUCAAAGAAAGUCAAUACCAGACAAGAGGGAUAUGCAAAGGAUAAAAAUAUCCUGGAUCCACUGGUUACAUUGGCAGAUACUUAUGAAAAUAGUGAAACUAUGAAAAAGAUUUCUCACUCUUUGGGGGAUACUACUGCAGGUCGUCGUCCUACUUUACACAAGAUCAACACUGCCCAGCCAUUAGACUUGCAUAAUCAUGAAUCUACUACGCGGUCAUCUGGAAUUAGAGAACAUCCAAUAAGUACAGAAAGUCAUCGACCUCGAUCAGUUCUUGGAGGCAAUCCCAGUAACUCAAGUAGUGCUAGUCAACCAAGUUCAACUGGAACGACUGGAACAACAAACUCUUCCAAAAUGAGCAAUGUUUUCAGCAGAUCAGCUAAUAUUUUCCAUCGACAUAAACACAAUGAAACAGUCAAAUCGCCUCAUCCGUUGAAAGUGACUUAUUCAGAGAGUGCUCGGAAGAAGAUAUUACAUUCAAAUAAUCCUUCAGCUGCAAGUAGUCGAACGGCUUCUCCAAUACCAAAGAGUUUUGAUACCAAGAUACCAUCACUGACGCCAAGGGCAAUAUCACCUACACUGUUAUUUAAACGGAGUCCAAUUGAUCCAAUAAAACUCAAAGCCUGGUAUAAUGUUGAUCGUAGUUCUCCUUUAGCAGAACCCACUUCAGGCAAUCUGUUUACUACAGAGAAUUAUUCACAAAAUCAAAGAACAGGAAAGCAUGUAUUGGAGGAAGAUAUAUUUGAAAAAGAACAACCAGUUGAAUUUAGACCCAGUCCUUCUUUUAGCAGAUCUGAAUUUGAAGAAAAAAGGAACUCAACAUUUGAAAUACCUACUAGUACGCCCAGUGAUUUGUUUACAAAUUCGGUGAGUAUUGAAACAAUGGAAGAAACAGAUGCUACCAACAAUGUAUUAUUCAAAUCUUGUGCCAAUGUCUCAAUAUUUGUAUUUGGAGGAUUUGUUUUGGAAGAAAACGAAGACAAAAGUGUUGUGGAAAAGACAAGUAAUAUUUUGAAAUUCAAGGCAACUAAUGAAUUGCUAAAAAUUGAUUUGACAACUACAGAGAAGGCACCAUUUUUCAAUAGUGUCAAUUUUUCCAAAGAAGCAUUAGUUUGCAAAGUUGGAUCAGAUAGUACAUGUGAUAUUAUUAUUGAUGAAGAUGAAAACUGGCCUCUGCCACGAGGUUAUUUUGCUUAUAAUUUGAUUGAUUAUCUGUUGGGUGUAGAUGAAACAUGUACUAUUGAUGUUAGUGAACGAGAAAGUGAAAAGCAACAAUUUUCAAAUUUGAAUACUACUGAGAAAAAAUCACCAGAUAGUGAAGUCAAUAAUUCAAGUGUUGAUAAAUUUUGGGAUUAUAAUUUAACAUCUAAUGAACGAGAAUCAUAUAAAAUCCAAAAAUAUUUUGAAUCUCGAGCAUUAAUUGUUCAAGGCGGUUGUGCUGAAAAUAAUAAAUUUCAUGGUGAUUUAUACAGAUUUGUGUUCAAGACUUGUAAAUGGGAAAAGAUUGUUACAUUUGCCUUUGAUUAUUAUAAUAUAUCACAGAAGCCCGAUGAAGAUGAAGAAGUUAAAACCCUUAGUCCAGAAAAUCAAGUUGCUGAACCCCAAUUAAAGGAAGCAGAACUUCGUUGUUGUCAUCAUACAGCAGUAUAUUAUCGAAAUGAAGAAAGAGAUUAUUUGUUUAUUGUCGGUGGAGUUAAAAAUAGUCAUUUACGAUUUUAUGACACUGAGCCAUAUACUAGUGAUAAAUUUGAUGUUUCAAGAUUUGCUACGUUACAAUUAGCUGCAGAAAAUAAGAAUUUAUUACGAGUAGCAGUAUUGAAUACAAGAACGCAAAUCUGGAGGUUUAUGAGAUAUUAUUAUGAUGUUAGUCAAGCUGUUUCUGAUACAACUACUUAUCAACCAUAUUUUACCAAUUGUCGAUUCUCACACAUUGGCGGCAGCGCAUGUAUUAAUGGCAAAACAAUUACCCUAGCACAAGGAUUAGCAAAUAUAGCACCAGAACAUAAAAAGGAUAUGUGUGAAUUGAGAAAACAAUUCCCUAUUGAAGAACUAUUAUGGGGUGGAUAUUUACAAAUCACGUUUCCUGGGUUAUGA